AUGAAAGCACUGGGCAGAAUUUCGUACCACAUCUUAGCAAAAUAUAAGAACAAAUAUAGUGGAAAGAACUUGGUGAUACGAAUGACAGUUAACUGUGUGUUGCCAGAUCUUGAAUCAAAAACUUGUUACAAUAACAUGUGCUACCGAAGUUUUAAUGAAGAUAAACACAACGAAGCAGGUAAAGUUAUCAGGUCAUCAAAAAUGGCAGACUCUCCGAUCGACUGUGACUUCCCUGUUUGGGGACUAUUACCGAAAAAAGAGACGGGGGUUGUAUCCUUUAUCAAUAAAAAUCCCAACUAUGAUGGAAGGGAUACUGUUAUUGCAAUAUUUGACUCGGGCGUGGACCCAGCAGCCGAAGGAUUAAAGGUGACAAGUACAGGAGAAACGAAGGUGAUCGAAAGGUUUGACUGCAGCGGCUGUGGCGAUGUGGAUACUAGUACUGUCAUUAGAAAAGUUACCGAUGGAUGCAUUACCGGUCUUACGGGUCGCAAACUGAAGAUCCCAGAGGGAUGGAAGAAUCCAACUGGCUCAUGGCGUGUGGGUGUGCUAUACCCUUUCAGUUUGUACCCUUCUAAGUUGAAGGAACGCAUACAAGAGCACCGCAAAGAACAUGAGUGGGAUGUAGGGUACAAGCCAGCAUUUGCUGAAGCCAACAAGCAAUUGCAAGACUUUGAAACUGAUGUUGCAUCAAAAACUCCAACAUUAAGUCCUGAAGAUAAGAUCCUAAAGGAGGAGCUGGAAGCCAGAGUGGAAGUGCUGCAGGCAGCUGAAAAGAAGUACAAUGAUGUGGGACCCACUUAUGACUGUGUGCUGUUCCAUGAUGGCAGUAUUUGGAGAGCAUGUAUCGACACGUCGGAGUGCGGCGACCUGGCGUCCGGGCCGUUCCUGGGCGAGUACAGCGUCACACACGAGCACACGCACCUCACGCCCUUCGACGAGAUGACCAUCAGCAUCAACGUGCACGAUGAGGGACACACGCUCGAGGUCGUCGGCAUGUGCUCGACUCACGGCACGCACGUGGCGGCCAUCGCGGCGGGCUACUUCCCGUCGGAGCCGGACCGCAACGGCGUGGCGCCGGGCGCCAAGCUGGUGUCGCUCACCAUCGGGGACAGCCGCCUCGGCUCCAUGGAGACCGGCACGGCGCUCGUGCGCGCCUGCAUCAAGGUCAUGGAGCUCUCCAAGCGCAUGCGCAUCGACGUCAUCAACAUGAGCUACGGCGAGCACGCGCACUGGUCCAACGCGGGGCGUAUCGGUGAUAUAAUCUGUGAGGUUGUGAACCGCUACAAUGUCUCAUGGGUGGUGUCGGCUGGAAACCACGGACCAGCCCUGUGCACUGUAGGAGCUCCGCCUGACAUAGCGCAGCCUAUAUUAAUUGGUGUGGGCGCGUACGUGUCCCCGGAGAUGAUGUCGGCGGCGUACUCCAUGCGCGCGCGCGUGUGCGGCGGCGCCUUCAGCUGGAGCUCGCGCGGGCCCGCGGCCGACGGCGCGCCUGGCCUGGCCGUCUGCGCGCCCGGCGGGGCCGUCGCCGCCGUCGCCAGAUUCACUUUGCGAAACUGUCAACUUAUGAACGGCACGUCCAUGGCAGCGCCUCAUGUAGCCGGAGCAGUAGCGGCCCUUAUCUCGGGUCUGAAGGCGAAGAAUCUCCCUUACUCGCCGUACUCGAUCAAGCGCGCCCUGGAGAACUCUGCCACGUACUUGUCUCACGUUGAGCCUUGGGCUCAAGGCUGUGGGCUGCUCAAUGUGGAGAAGGCGUUCGAGCUGCUGUCGACGCACUGGUCGGCGGCGGAGCGCGACGUGACGUUCAGCGUGUCGUGCGGGCCCGGCGCCGCCAAGGGCGUGCUGCUGCGGCCGCGGCCCGGCGACCCGCCGCGCGACCUCGGCCUCAGCGUCGAGCCGCGCUUCCUGCAGGACCACACCGACAUGCAGAACAAGUCGAUAAUUCCGAAGCAGAUCGCGUUCGGCGUGCGGCUGGCGCUGGGCUGCGACGCCGCCUGGCUGUCCGCGCCGCAACACCUCGACAUGAUGAACGCGGCCAGGCCCUUCACCAUCAGGGUCGACACCACCUCCCUGCCGCCCGGACCGCACUUCACUAGUAUAAACGCGUACGACGUGUCGUGCGUGGAGAAGGGCCCGGUGUUCCGCAUCCCGGUGACGGUCCUGCAGCCGCAGCCGCUGCAGCUGGCCGCGCCCGCGCCGCCCGCCAUCGUCGAGAAGAAGGUGCUCUUCAAGCCCGCCACCAUCGUCAGGCAUUUUGUUAUCGUACCACCUGAAGCCACGUGGGGAGUGUUAAAAAUCUCAACGGACGACAAGGAGAAGGCUGGCAGAUUCUUAGUGCAUACCAUGCAAUUGUUACCUAAACGAAGCUGCAGGUGUCACGAGACUCAGAAGAUGAUCAACGUGAAUGCUGAAGCACCUACAGUGCUGCCGUUCCAGUUAGUAGGCGGUGUAACUCUGGAGGUGGUGAUAGCAAAGUAUUGGGCGAACAUCGGCGACAUAUCGGUGGACUACAGCGUGGAGUUCCACGGGCUGAAGCCGGACUUUGGUUCGCGACUGACGCUGGGCGCGGGCGAGGCCGUGCGGCCCGUGCUGCUGGCCGCGCUGCGCCUGCAGGACGUGCAGCCCAGCGCCACGCUCAAGUACUCCGAGCCCGUCGUACGGCCUACAGAAACAAAACUUUCUCCGCUCACGGCGCGUGAUGUCAUCCCUCCCAGCCGGCAAAUUUAUCAACUAGUCAAUAUUUAUAACUUCCAUAUUGCCAAGGCUACAGAGGUUUCACCAAUAAUAUCGUUGCUUUGCGACAUGCUAUAUGAGUCGGAGUUCGAAUCGCAGAUGUGGAUGUUGUACAAUAGUUGUAAGCAGCUAAUGGCAGUUGGAGACGCAUAUCCUUCUAAGUAUUCUGUAAAACUGGAGAAAGGCGACUACAUACUAAGACUAAACAUUCGUCAUGAGAAUAAAGCUUUGCUAGAAAAGUUGCAAGAGUUGCCGGCCACUAUUCAGCAACGGUUGCAGCAACCGAUCACGCUGGACGUUUACUGCUCGCAACCAAUGGCAAUAACGGGAGGCAAAAAAUUCAGUUCGUGCUCCUUGUCAAAUGGACAAUUAUUACCAUUGUACUUCACAUCUGUACCCUCAGACAAGGUGUCCCGCUCGCUGGGGGCGGCGGGGCAGGCGCUGGCGGGCGGCGUGACGUUCGCCAAGGACGAGCUGGGCCGCAAGGUGGACACGUACGGCCUGCACGUGCUGCUGCCCGAGCCGCCCAAGCGCGCGCCCGCGCCCAAGGACAAGGCGCGCCCCAACGACGACUACAUGGACGCGCUCAAGGACUUCUGCACCGGCUGGCUCGCCAAGCUCGAGGGUGAUAAACUAGAACAAGUGUACGAAGAGUUAGUUGAAAAGUUCCCAGGAUACCUCGGCGCUCAUAUCGCGUACCUGCACGCACUAGACCCACCUACCGAUGCUAAGAAACUACCUCAUGCUAACGAAGAUCCUGAUGUAACGACGGCUUGGUGUGAACAACUUAUUACCAUAGCUGACAAGGUAAUAAAGGCUAUCGAUCAGGAGAAACUGCUCGCAUACCUCGGUAUGAAGAAUGAUACUCGAAGUGAUGCGAAUAAAAUAAAGCAGGAGCAGGACAAGGCGCGCUGGCAGGCGGUGGAGGCGCUGUCGCGGCGCGGCGCGGCGCUGUGCCGCCUGCGCGCGCUGGCGCACAGCGGCGCGGCGCGGGACAAGCUCACCGACGCGCUGCACAACAACAUGGCCGACCUGCUCAAGUUCGCAGACCUCACCGACGCCAAGGCGAUCCACUAUGGAGUAUGGCACUGCUUCAGCUUCAAACAAUGGGGCCGCGCCGUGAAGCUUCUGCUCAAGAUCCAAGAGGAGCGCCCCUCAAAGGAAGUGGAAGAGCGGCUCAUAGAAGCCUACCAGCAGCUGGGAUGGAACUUCUAUGCGAAGGCGGCGCAAUCCGCCCUGCCCAUCAAGUACCCCUCAACCUACAGACCGUUCUAGGUGACCUAACUAGUGUACCCAUAUAUAUGUACUGACAGGAAAUGUUCGCUGCUUACAUGUCGCGUCUACCUCACAUACGUACGUUUUGAUACCAAUGUAUUGACUGAUGAAGGUUUCCACUUCACUUUUAUAUAUGCCCAAUGUUCGUAUUAACAUUGUUACUGGUAGAUGUGUAAAUGCUUUUAGUUUCUUCAUAUCUGCUAGAUAGUUGGCCAUAGAUUUGCCAGAAAGUACCUGGCAUAAUUGUUGGCUAUUAAAAAUAUAUUUGCCUGUGCAUUUUGAAGCAAUUAUACAAAAGCCAAUAUCAAGUACAAGUUUGUACUUAGUGUUGUGAAGUAUACAUGUGAGUAAUAGAGCGGUAUUUAAUAUUAAUAUGAAUAUAUAAAAAGCACCUUCAACAUAUUCCUUCAGUACAUGUCAGCAAACACAAGUGCUUAGCUUGAAGUAUUCAAGUACGGUCUGCUUUCGCGAUGGUUCUGUACGUAUUCUCUAUGAAAUAUACUGUUGUUUUUAUCAAUGCCUUUAAUUGUAAUAGGAAGUAUUGUAAUCGAAGAAGUUUGUUGGAUAUAUGAAGUAGAAAUUAUCUCGUUCUAAUUGUGGUGACUAUUUAGCAAAUUAAUGUCAAAUCAAUUUCAUAAUUUGAGAAUUUUAAUUAGGUAUUUCUUACGUGGCUUUUAAACUAUUUGAAUAGUUAAAGAUUCGACACUGCAAGCGUUACUACAUUAUCAAGAGAAUCAACCUUAUCAUUAAAACGUCGUUACCUCAUAUUUGUCUUUAGGGCGGGGUCCGAGUAAUGUCAUGGAUUCACGGGUUUAUAAAACGUACUACCGGAAUGUUUAGGAAGAUAAAUAUAAAUAAUGUUAGGAGAUUAUUGUUUUAGUGAUCAAAGCUCGGCAGGGCUCGCGGCUUGCUUGCAUGCUAAACGUUGACGAGUUUGUGAGGACUAACGAAUCUUCUACAAGUUACUAGAAUACCUGUACACAUAGUUCUAGUUCUUAUAAUAAGUAUCAAUAUGUCAGGACUGUAUUUAAAUUUAAUGCAGCAUUUCUUCUACUCGUAAUUGAUUUACUGAAGUUUUGUGACAUAACUUUUGUCUUUAUGCAAUCCAGAUGCAUUUAGGCGUACAUCUGCAUUUAAAAAGAUGUAGAAGAUUCAUUAGUUUAACUGGAUGCUUUUAAUAGUCGAGCGUUGUAAAAAUAAGCCAUUUUGUAGUUUUAAUACAAAUUGUAAUUACAGGGUGCUCUUAUGUUGUGCUCAAAUAGUUCAAUGCUUCUACGUGGUCAUGUCAUUAUUAAAAUGUCAAGAAUAUUUGUUUAUUUUUAAUAUAUACAAGACAAUUAUGUGUAUUUUUUUUUACUUCGAGUUCAGUUCUAUUUUAUCAAGCUAUCGUUGGUGUUCUACACAGAGGUGAUAUUGUUUUUUUGUUUUAUUUUGCGUCUACUGCAUUUAAAAAGUAACCCUUAAAAAAAUUGUUGCCUUUGUUAACUGUUAGUGGAAGCAGAACCUUUUUCAUGUAAUUACGUUCAAUGCUUUUAAACGUGCAUUGAAAACUUUUAACUUAUUCAUAAAACGUAGUGGAUUUACUAUAUUGACAGUUUUUGAUACCCAGACUUGGUCGUGUACUGUAUCUCACUGCCAUAGAUUUAAGAAUUGUCCUUGUAUUAAGGCUAGGCGAGGUUAAGUUCGAUGUGGCAGCCAAUCAUUCUCUCACCUCUUAUUGCUUCUAUGUGUUAACUAUUCUAUUCAUACUAUUAUGUACAAUUAACGCCGAAGCAAAUUGAAGAUAAACAGAUUGGCUGCUGCACUCCAAAACAUAUAAGUACAUUAAGAUUUAACGCAAAAUACGACUCUUAUUAUAAUCUUUACCAUAACAUGAGACUACCACGACUGUAACAGAUAGACGUAAGAUAACAGUUCACGAAGCAAUAAUUAAUAAACGAAUUUUACUCUGA